UCUGUCUUCUCCACACACAGACACAGAGGCAUGAUAUGGUCCUGGUACUCAGCUGUGAAGUCUCUUAAAGGGGUCGAGGAGCAAAUGUCAGGACACGGGCUUUAACCAAAAGAUGCACUGAAAACAGCUUAACUGCCUGGACUGGACAAUCAACGUCUCAAGCUGACCUUGGACAACUCAAAGGAGGGAAGUUAAAUUGUUUGACACAACAGUGUAUCUAUUUUCAUAAUGGAAAUCCCAAAUGACCACUCUGCUUUCAACUCCACUUCGUCGCCAUAUUUAACAACAAAGGGCUAUGCAAACACCUCUGUGGACAAUUCCACUCCCUCCUGCACAGACUGGCCUCAAAUACCCAUGAUUACCAUCAUCCCCGUCAUUUUUAGCGUAAUCUGCGUGCUGGGAAUCAUAGCCAACACCCUGGCAGUGUGUGUGCUGGCUCAUGCCAGUAACUCAAGGAGAACUGUAGCAAACACGUUCAUGCUGAACCUUUGUGUGUCCGACCUGCUGUUCCUGUUGUCGCUACCACUGUGGGCCGUCUACUACUCCCAAGGCAACUGGUCUUUUGGCUUGGUUGCCUGCAAAGUCUGUGCAGGCCUCCUCAAUCUGAACCUGUAUGCAUCCAUCUUCUUUAUCACCAGCAUGAGUGCGGACCGCUACCUGGCCAUUGUGCAUCCGCUCCGUUCUCAGAGUGCGCGGUACCCCAAACGUGCACGGCUCACAUGCAUCCUCGUUUGGGUGUUGGCAUUUGCUUGCUCAACCCCAAACAUGUAUCUGAGGGAACUUUAUCGCUCUGAGGAAAGUGGUUUGAUUCAUUGCGCCAUUACUCAUCCUAGUCCUACCUUGCAUACAACCCUGAUGUGUUUGAAGAUUGUUUUGGCCUUCCUUCUGCCGCUGCUCGUCAUCACUUGUUGCUACUGUGCCAUCGGUAGACAUUUAUUGGCUGAUACAUGGCUGGUCAGCGUAUCUCAAGAGAGCAGCAGUAAGCCAGAGAGACCUCCGACCCCCUGCGUGAUCCCCAGCUCCAGCGGAAGCAGAUCUUGGAAGGGCAGGGGGUUGGAGCGAGUGUUGUGGACAGUUGCCGCCGUGGUCCUGGCCUUCUUCCUCAGCUGGUUCCCCUUUCACUGUGUGACCCUCUUGAGAGUACUGGAGAUGGACGGCUGGGUGGAUGGCUGUCGGGUAGAUUGGAUCAUUCGAAACCUGACACCUCUCACUCUUUCUCUGGGCUUCUCCAACUCAGCUAUCAACCCUGUACUCUACUGCUUUAUUGGGAACCAUUUCAGGGGACGUCUAGGAGGGCUGUGCAAGGGCCUUUGUGCUUGUUUGAAGACCCAAGGGGAGGAUCAGAGCCAGAAGAGAGGCUCCUUUAGCACCAGACUGAGCUCCUUCUCCCGAAAACUCAGUGAUCUGAAAGACCUGGCGAUUUUGGAGCCCUCUGGUCCUGCUUAGCAAGGCCUGGAUGGAUGAGAGACUUUCCUUUUCAUUCACAGGCUUCACCCCCCCAGGGUGCGAUGCUAAUGUCAAGUGACUGCUGAACUCCAAUUAGUCUGGAUGUGUGAGACAGAAUUGAAACUAUGAUAGACUCAAUUCUGGUGGAGCGAGAUGCUGCUGGUUAAAGACAGAAAAAUAGAAGCAGGGAAAAAAUGUCUAGAAAGUUUUUAAAGUGGUCAUAAAAACUGUGUAACGAACACAUAAAUAAUGUAAUGCUUCAGUACUGCAGCAAGAAACUGUUGUUGGUCUUUACACUUCCUACUCUACACUUAAAAGCACAUUAUUAUCAACUAGUUAUGAAAUUAGGGGAGCAUUUUGCAAACAGAAAGCCAAAUAUUUCCCUCAGGUUUUGCUCAGUUUUUUGUCCACAGUCUGUUGGAUGGUGGGAACUUUCUGAGGCCACAAAGUUCAGUAAAAACACAAUACAUUGUAAAAUUAAGCUUUUAUAACCAUAUUUUAUCAUUUUGCUAUAUUAAAAUGUAACCUGAUUCAAAAUGUUGUCUCUUGUCUUAAAACAGAAGGAGACUUUUUUGGUUAAGUUAACAUUUUAAAGCACUGGGCUGAGCCAUAAGCUGCACAAAAGGCAACUGAGGCAACUUUGUAGAACAUUUGAACCCAAAAUAACUUUUUAACUCAAAAAGGAGGAGAAUGCUGGCCAGGAGGCUAGUGCCAAAGCUACUGCUCCAAUAGAGGCUAUAUGAAUACACUUUAUCCAAUCUGUACACAGUAUUUACCAAUUAAUUACUAUCUAAUUUCUAGCUUCCAAACUUUCCAGGGCUGGCAUCAAGCUACGCUGUUAAGGUUACAUCACUGUAAACCCUGAUAGCUAUUCAGACUCAAAUAAAUUGAUAGUCAAGUAUAUAUACUUAUAGGUUGAUUGCCAAUUUGCAGAUUCACAUAACUGUCCAGUAGGUGGCGGUAACCAGGUUAAAGCAACACUCAAACGAGCAAAAAAGAAGAAGAAAUUUUACAGUAUGAACAGUUUGAGCAUGUGAUUGAGCAAUGUUAGCCCAUGCUGUAAACCUGUGGUUCUCAACUGGUGGGUCAGGACCCACAAGUGGGCCAUGAAGCAGUUUUCAGUGAGUCGCAAAUGUGUGUCUGGAAAAAAAUUGUGGCAAAAAUCUAUAAAGAACAUGCAACAAUACCAUUUAUGUAACUGUUUUAUUGUGAAAAUGGGUAAAUUUAACUGUUUUAUGAAUAUUUCAGCUCAUUUGUCUCCUGUUCUUGCAAUAAAAGAGCUGCUUUUACAAUGGUAAUGAAAUCAUUUCUCAAGAUCUCUGGAAAAUUGGCUAAAAUUUACACGUUAUCAUGGGAAAAGGGGGAUAAAAAACAUGUCAGUUUUUCACUGUCUCAUGUUCCUGUCAUAAAUUCUGUGCCAUCCAAGAUCUUAAAUGCAACAUUUUCAUUAUCUAAAUGUGCACUGGUGAAAAUUACUGGAAAUCUGGGUCGCAAUUUGUUAUCCAAGAUAUUAGUGGGUCCUGAGGCUAGGCCAGUUGAGAACCACCGCUGUAAACACAAGUGGGAACAACAAAAAACUGUGAUUUCAACUUUAGUGCAGCUCUAUUGAUGUUUCUGAGAUGAUAAGAUAAGGACUAGGCGCCUGAGCUAAGUAUUAUUUGUAGUUCUAAUUCAAUUGUCUGACAAUCACAGUGAAUCUGCAGAGUUUUCCCAGAAUGCCUUGGGGCAUUAGACACUUCUGCACCAUGAAUGAUGUUACUGACUCAGUUGGAGGUGAGGCCUGUAUGGAAUGCUAGGCUUCAUAGAAGAAAUCCUGGUUUGGGAUGCACUUCUCAAUUAUUUUUAUGCACUGUAGGACUGAAAAGUAAGACACUUUUAAAAAGAAGGUUAACAUGAUAUAAGUUAAACAUCCCAAAACAGCCACAUUAGGCCUGUUUUUCAGUUUAUAGAACAAAGUUUAAGUUUACAAGAUAACAGUACUGGAUCACUUUGAGUAUUUUUUGCGUUCCACUAAAAUGCUUUGACAAUCAUCUCUUAAUCUGCAGAGUUUUCCCCAGAAUGCCUAUUGGCAUGAAAGACUUUUGCACCAUGCAUGAAGUUACCCACUCAGUUAGACAAGUCCUGAACAUGAUGGAAAAGCACUUCAACAGUCAUUACCAAUUCAAACCUCACAAGUUAGACUACUCUGAGUGGCAUGAAUGUUUGAAAUAAAAUUAUGUGAAAGAUUGAAGUGAAAAUUACAAUGGAUAAGAAAAGUAAGCUAACCUAACAUAAACGUAUGAGUAAAACUGUGUUGAUACAACUUCAAAUGGAUGAGUACCAGCUACUUAACAAAUACUGUUUUUCAGUGAAUAUUACUUAAGUAUACUUAAACUCAAGUGCAAGUUGACAACACUAAAAAAGCUUUAGUAAAUGCAACACAAUAUUUAGCUAACUGAGGUCAAAAAGUUAUUUAACCUAGCAUUUUAACGGUGAUCAGUUUACAGGUUUGGUAACAUUUUAGCAGAACUAGCUUAGCCCCUAUUCUUCCCUUGCUUUGUUGUUCUCGCUGGAUUUACCUUUUCUUGCAGUCUCUUAUGUGAUAAUAAACAUAGCUACUUGGAUUUUGCAAGAUUAACUUUUUUUUUAACAUAUAAGACAUAAUAAAGAGCAGAAAAGGUUUAGGUUGGCUGUCUUACAAGCUAUCUUUAAUUUAAGGGUAUGCUACUGCACUCAUCUUUAGCUACUAAGGUUGGAGUAUACUGUAGAUAUGAUUAUGAUUACAUAUUUUUCCCAGUGGCUUAUUACCAUGUUUCAUCAAUUAAACAAACACUGCUUUAUUUUUAAUCAAACAUCCAACUAAAUAAUAUCAAAAGCUUGAUGUGAUUUGUAUUUCUGGAAGGUCUAAGUUGUGGUUCCUGUUGCCCUUCUCCUGGUUGGGCUGAUAACUCGAUGAAAUUAAAUACAGCACAUUCAGUACGUAUUCAGACCUCCUUCAUUUUUUUUCCAGUUUUGUUAUGUUUUAGUCAUAAAGUUCCUGGCUCAGGUGUUUCUACCCCAAUCAAGGUGUAGAAACAUCUCAGCAAAAACUGGGAGAAAUGUAGCAUUGACUGUAGCACCAGGCUGCAACAUAACAAAUGUGAAAACAGUGAAGGGUGUCUUAAUACUGUCUGAAUGCACUGUGUGUGUCUUUAACAGUGGUGCUGCAUCAGGGAUUUGACUCAUCACAAAUUAAUUUCAGAUUUACAGAUAUGAAGAGGUGAUUGUGUGGAUCAUGGAUAUUAGACACAUAUUGAAAGCGGGACUAUAAGUUCAAAGAGGUUUGUGAAAAAUGAAUUUCAGAACAUCCAAAAACUAAAGAGAGAAAUGUUAAGGCUCUGACUGCUCCACAUCUGCUCUAAAGUAUGUAAAGUAGUGUAACACCAACUUUAAGAAGCACAAAUCUUUAUUACAAUGCAAAUAUUGAAACAGAGCUAAUAAGAUCAGCUAAAUAAACUUCUCUGAUCUUCACUGUUCUUUCAUUCCUUGAUAGUAUGAGGCAGAGUAUUAAUCACAUUAUCCAGUUUCAGGUGUAACAGAUUCUGUUCUCACAUAUUAACCACUGAAGGGUCUUGUUAGUAUGGAAAUGCUGGUUUGGCAGAAGGCACUGCACUGUAAGACCGAACAGUUGGAGGCUGCAAAAGAAAAAAAAAAGAAAAAAAAAUUGGUCACCAAAAAUUUUUAAUAGCUAUUAACAGUACUCAUUCAUUUUAAGUUUUUGUCAAUAUACUCAAAAUAUUUGAAAACCAUCCCUUAUUCUGCAGAGUUGUCCGAGAAUGCCUUAGGGCAUUCGGCCCUUGUGCAGCGUGAGUGAAGUUGCUGACUCAGUCAGACAAGUCCUGUCUGUGGGGAGCAACCAGAAUACAUUAUGGAUGGUAUGCUAACUAUAAAGGAAGACAACUUCCUGUUUUAGUGUGCACUUUUCAGUUGCUGUCACUAAAGUUGGCCAACCUUAAGUGGCACGAAUGUUGAAGAAAUGACAGAGAAUUGUAGAGGAAGAAGAACAUGUAGCUUUACAAAAAUAAUUUUGAAUUGAAUAUAAACAGAAUUGUCAAGAUAAAGUUUACAAAGAUACUAAAAAAUAUUGCCAACUCUUAAGAACUUUGAUGUAAUCAGUUUCAACAAAAUUCAACUUUUUUGUUUUUACAGUGUGGGAGUCACGUGCAGAAUUCAUGAGGGCUGGUAAUAGGGUGGCUAUGCUAAAAUUAAAUGUCUGGAUGUUUUAUUUUGAAAGAGCAUUUUAAGUUACUGCAGUUGGCUUUUCAUUGUAGCAGGCCAGGAAUAAGGAUGUACAUAAUGAUCAUUACUGUCAGUUAAAACAAAGCUAUGUUUUCUGUCCUUUUGGACCAACCAAUAUGAUGUGUAAUCAUUUAAUUUGUAACGUUGUAUGCUAUUAUUAUGUAAAGGCAGUAAUGCAAAAUGAGUAUAAAAGCAUCCUAAUAAACAACAAAUGAAGUUAU